GUGCCGAAGUGACACAGCUCUUCUCUCAGGUUGGGAGGUUGGAGGGCUGAAGUUACCGUAGGCAGCAUUAAAAACCACGUGGAAGGGGACGCGAUGUGACACGUCAGGAGCUGUCCAGAGAGUUCUCCUCGGGUACUGACUGAAAGAAACAGUAUGAAAGUGUCUGGAGGGAGAACGGGAAGAGCUCUUGUCGCUUGCUGCUGCCAUCACGGCAGGGAGCGUUGCCGGCCUUGCUGAUGUUCAGAGCUGCCAGAUAAAGUUAGUUUGCUGCAAAUGUGGUGAAGUUAUAGAGUGAGAAGCUGGCUCACUGUGUAUGUGGUGAGAAUGUGGAUUUGUCCACGCAAUGCGUGACUGGGGGAUAAGGAAUGAAAGAGGUGAAGUUCUUGGGGGAGGCAGUUCCUGGUAAAACAGCAAAUGAAGUGAUUUCAGCCAUUGUCAGGAAGGGAACAAAGAAUUUAUAGAAGACUGAAGUGGACAAGAGAAAACCAGCAAAAUGCCGAAACCAAUCAACGUCAGAGUAACCACAAUGGAUGCAGAGCUGGAAUUUGCCAUCCAACCCAAUACAACAGGCAAGCAGCUCUUUGAUCAGGUGGUAAAAACUGUUGGUCUUCGUGAAGUUUGGUUUUUUGGACUGCAGUAUGUGGACAGCAAAGGCUACUCAACGUGGCUGAAGCUAAAUAAAAAGGUAACACAGCAAGAUGUAAGGAAAGAAAAUCCUUUGCAGUUUAAAUUCAGGGCCAAGUUUUUUCCAGAGGAUGUAUCUGAAGAGUUAAUUCAGGAAAUAACACAAAGACUUUUCUUCCUGCAAGUCAAAGAAGCUAUCUUAAAUGAUGAGAUAUAUUGUCCACCAGAAACGGCUGUUCUUCUCGCUUCUUACGCUGUCCAGUCCAAGUAUGGAGAUUACAAUAAGGAGAUACAUAAACUAGGCUACCUAGCCAAUGACAGGCUUCUCCCUCAGCGUGUGUUAGAACAGCACAAACUGACAAAAGAACAAUGGGAAGAGAGAAUACAGAAUUGGCAUGAAGAGCACAGGGGAAUGUUAAGGGAAGAUUCUAUGAUGGAAUACCUUAAGAUAGCACAAGAUUUGGAAAUGUAUGGAGUCAACUAUUUUGAAAUAAAGAAUAAAAAAGGAACUGAGUUGUGGUUAGGAGUUGAUGCCUUGGGUCUGAAUAUUUAUGAACAUGAUGAUAAGCUGACACCCAAGAUUGGUUUUCCUUGGAGUGAAAUAAGAAACAUCUCUUUCAAUGACAAGAAGUUUGUCAUAAAGCCAAUUGACAAAAAGGCCCCUGAUUUUGUUUUUUAUGCACCUCGUCUGAGAAUUAACAAGCGUAUUUUGGCACUGUGUAUGGGAAAUCAUGAAUUGUACAUGAGGAGGAGGAAACCUGAUACAAUUGAAGUGCAACAGAUGAAGGCCCAAGCUAGAGAGGAGAAACAUCAGAAACAAUUGGAAAGAGCACAGCUUGAAAAUGAGAAGAAGAAAAGGGAGAUUGCAGAAAAGGAAAAGGAAAGAAUAGAGCGUGAAAAGGAAGAAUUAAUGGAACGCUUAAGACAAAUUGAGGAACAAACAAUGAAAGCUCAGAAAGAGCUAGAGGAGCAGACCAGGAGAGCUCUAGAACUGGAUCAGGAGCGAAAACGUGCAAAAGAAGAAGCAGAGCGCCUGGAAAAGGAGCGCCGAGCAGCUGAAGAAGCUAAAGCUGCUCUAGCCAAACAGGCAGCUGAUCAAAUGAAGAACCAGGAGCAGCUAGCAGCAGAACUUGCUGAAUUCACUGCCAAGAUUGCACUUCUGGAGGAGGCCAAGAAAAAAAAAGAGGAGGAAGCCUCAGAAUGGCAGCACAAAGCUUUUGCAGCCCAGGAGGACUUAGAAAAGACCAAAGAAGAACUGAAAUCUGUGAUGUCUGCUCCUCCUCCACCUCCUCCCCCACCAGUUAUUCCUCCAACAGAGAAUGAACACGAUGAACAUGAUGAAAACAAUGCUGAAGCCAGUGCAGAACUGUCUUCUGAUGGCGUCCUGAAUCACAGGAGUGAGGAGGAACGGGUAACAGAAACACAGAAAAAUGAACGUGUUAAGAAACAGCUCCAGGCUUUAAGUUCUGAGUUGGCCCAAGCCAGAGAUGAAACCAAGAAAACACAAAAUGAUGUCCUUCAUGCUGAGAAUGUUAAAGCAGGCCGUGAUAAGUACAAGACUCUUCGACAAAUCCGACAAGGCAAUACAAAGCAGCGUAUUGAUGAGUUUGAAGCAAUGUGAGAGCUGUUAUUUUGCAUAUAUGUUCCUCGUAAAGCUGAACCACCAACAGAGAAAAAAGCAGGCCUUUGCAGAUUUGAUGGAUUGCACCCCACUUUGCCAAAGCACUUAAUACCAGUUUGACUACAGUGGUUAAAGACAAAUUUGGGGGAAGCUAUUCAACAGUAAGGCAGUCUGUCAUCCCUAGCUUUGCAGGGGGAGGGUGUGGAGAACGAUAGCAAUUUUUUCCCCAUCAUGUCUUCAGUUUUGUUGUUCUGUAGUUUUUUCUUUGAAAACUGAUGUGAAGUGUACGAUGACUGACAAGUGUACAUAUUGCUUAAACAUUAAAAAAGAAUAAAGGAGCUGAACCAAAACUGAUAGGUACUAUUUCAGGAUGAUGACGUUUGACAUUCAAUUUUUCAACGUAGCUACACCAUGAAGAGUUUGAUAUCGCUGACCUUCAGUGGUUUUUUUUUUCCUCCCAAACGAAAUUCUUCGGUGUUUCAUGUCCUGUCAUCAUUGAUGGUUUUCUUUGCCUACCUGUUCACAAAGGUCUGGAUGGCAGGUGGUAGUUCCAGAUGUUUUUCUAAAUGGAACACUACCUGUAGGCAGCACAUGGCUGCUGAUAGGCUGGAAUACGUAUUGCUUUUCCCUAGGUCAUUAUUUUAGAUACGCAGAGUGUUUAAAUGCAACAAAAUGCAAAAACAACAAAAAAAGCUUUGUAUGCUAUUUGCUUGUAAUUAUUUUAUUUGCAGUAGGGAGACCCUGGACCUUUCUGGCAAGGGAGCAUAUGAAAACAUCAGUCCCAGGGAGGGGACAGUAUCCUACCUCACUACUACAUACAUGAUGACUGGUCCUUCAAACACCAUGAAAAAGCUCUGUCACUAUGUAGUAAUAUCAUGAAUGCUAGGAGCCCUUGCUCCUAGGGUUUUCUUUGACACUGAGAUGGAUUUCCAGUGCUAAAUGCUGUUUAACUGCCUUGUGUUGAGUUUAAAUUGUAAGAGCAUCUUGUAUUUUUUUUAAAGCUGUAACCUGUCACUGGUAUAACUAUCUUCUGGGAGGGGUGUAGAAAGUGCAUAUGAGUUAAUUUGGUGUGGGAUUUCAAAAUACAAAAUGAAAGUUCCCAGAAUUGGAGUUAAAAGUAUUAAUAGCUUCAGUUUUGAGUGAAGCUAGUAUUGUAACUGUCAUAUCUGAUGUCAGAUCAUUGAGUCCUUUCCUUCUUGAAAAGGAGACUUGCUCCUUUUUUCCUUUUUUAUUUUAUGUGAGAAGUCCUAGGCAAUGAACUUCAGAAAUAUCCUCACAGUUAAUGUGCAGUUGUUCCUUCUGUUAGAGUACCUUGGUAAAUACCUACAAUGGAAGAACCCUGCUUUCUCUGAGGAUGGUUCAGCUCUUUUCUGUUUGAUAUUAUGCACUCAUAAAUUUACACUUAUCUAUUAAAAUUUGCCAUUUUAUUAAACAUUUUUUUCAUGCACAAUAGGUUUAAUUUUCUUAUGAACAGUCCAACUAAGUUUUUUUAUUUUGCAGAGUCAAAGGUUGGCGAUGUGGGGUGACAUCACGGGAUUAAAAUAAAAAGACAUUAAUAUAUUUUGGGUUUGUGGGGCUAAACAUAUCCCGUUAACCUUGAGGACUGAUGUGCAAAUGUAAUUGUACACGUGCUUCAGAAUGCUGCUUGGUGGAAGCUGGUGUUUCUACUUGCAGUGCGUUGUGAGCGUGGUUGCUGUUUGAUGGGCUCCAUACUGAAGCACGAACAAAUUCCUGAAGUACUUGGAUGGUUUGCCAUAGCAGGUGAAAUACUGUGCUUCCACUGAGUUCUUGCUUUUCCCUGGAAAGCGUGCACUAACAUUGAUACAUCAGUUUCAGCGCUGGGGAAAAAUAACAGGAAAAGUUUGCUGUUCAUAAACCUACAGUGUAUAGAGUAGGGCUCAAUGGAUUAGAUCCAUUUAUAGAGCUGUGUGAUUUUUUUUUCUAAAAACAACCAGGAGCAGCCAUUUGUAACACAGAUUUCACAGUGAACGAAGUGGUAAUAGCUGCUGUCAGCCAGCGGCCGGGAGCGCUUACUGGUGCAGGAAUACUAAGAGUAUAUUGAAUGAUUACUUGGUGAAGUAAUUUUCCACAUGCUUUUUCCUUUAGCAUCCUGUUUUGUGUUGUACAAUUAAGCUACAAUUACAUCUACUAUUUUGGAUAACAUUCAUUGGUUAACAAUAAAGAGAUACAGUAAAUUUC